AUGGAUGACGCUCACUCGAAGUCCGUGGACGAAGUUCUAGGCUACUUCGGCACAGACCCAGACAAAGGCCUUAGUCCAGAUCAAAUAAAAAGGAACCAGGAGAAAUAUGGGCCAAAUGAAUUGCCUGCGGAGGAGGGCAAAAGUAUAUGGCAGUUAGUGUUGGAACAAUUCGAUGACCUGUUAGUCAAGAUUUUGCUGUUAGCCGCUAUUAUUUCAUUCGUUUUAGCUUUAUUUGAAGAACACGAAGACGCAUUCUCCGCCUUCGUAGAACCUUUCGUUAUUUUACUGAUUCUUAUUGCCAACGCUGUUGUAGGAGUAUGGCAGGAAAGAAAUGCCGAAUCCGCCAUCGAAGCUUUAAAAGAGUACGAGCCCGAAAUGGGUAAAGUAAUCAGAGGAGACAAAUCUGGUGUACAGAAAGUCCGAGCUAAAGAAAUUGUGCCCGGGGAUGUCGUUGAGGUGUCUGUCGGUGACAAAAUUCCCGCUGACAUUCGUCUCAUCAAGAUUUUCUCCACCACCAUCCGUAUUGAUCAGUCUAUCUUGACUGGUGAAUCUGUCUCCGUCAUCAAACACACUGACGCCAUUCCCGACCCCCGCGCUGUCAACCAGGACAAAAAGAACAUUCUUUUCUCCGGUACCAAUGUCGCGGCCGGCAAGGCCCGCGGUGUUGUCAUCGGCACUGGACUCAACACUGCCAUUGGAAAAAUCCGUACUGAAAUGUCUGAGACUGAAGAGAUUAAAACCCCCUUGCAGCAAAAAUUGGACGAGUUCGGUGAGCAGCUGUCGAAAGUUAUCUCCGUUAUCUGCGUCGCUGUGUGGGCUAUCAACAUCGGACACUUUAACGACCCCGCUCACGGUGGAAGCUGGAUCAAGGGCGCCGUUUACUACUUCAAGAUUGCCGUUGCUCUGGCUGUAGCCGCUAUUCCAGAAGGUCUGCCUGCUGUCAUCACUACUUGUCUCGCCCUCGGUACAAGGCGUAUGGCCAAGAAAAACGCUAUCGUUAGAUCCCUGCCUUCUGUUGAGACCCUCGGUUGCACCUCUGUUAUUUGCUCUGACAAGACCGGCACGUUGACUACUAACCAAAUGUCCGUAUCGCGCAUGUUCAUCUUCGAGAAAGUCGAAUCUGGCGACAGCAGCUUUCUAGAAUUUGAAAUUACUGGCUCUACUUAUGAACCUAUUGGCGAUGUUUACCUGAAGGGACAGAAAGUCAAAGCUGGUGAAUUCGACGCCCUUCAAGAACUGGGCACCAUCUGUGUUAUGUGCAAUGACUCGGCUAUUGACUUCAACGAAUUCAAACAGGCUUUCGAAAAGGUCGGUGAGGCUACCGAAACCGCUCUGAUCGUACUCGCUGAGAAAAUGAAUCCCUUCAAUGUUCCCAAAACAGGACUCGACCGCCGUUCCUCUGCCAUUGUUGUACGCCAAGAAGUCGAAACCAAAUGGAAGAAAGAAUUCACUCUUGAGUUCUCUCGUGACAGGAAAUCUAUGUCCACUUACUGCACACCGCUCAAGCCUUCCCGCCUCGGCAAUGGACCCAAACUGUUCGUAAAGGGAGCGCCCGAGGGUGUACUCGAACGUUGCUCUCACGCUCGUGUCGGAACUAGCAAGGUUGCUUUGACCUCCACACUAAAGAACCGCAUUCUUGAACUUACUCGCCAAUAUGGUACUGGCCGUGAUACCCUCCGUUGCUUGGCUUUGGCUACUGCUGAUAACCCACUUAAACCUGAUGAAAUGGACCUUGGUGACUCGACCAAAUUCUACACAUAUGAAGUCAAUCUUACAUUCGUUGGAGUCGUAGGCAUGUUGGACCCUCCCCGUAAAGAAGUGUUCGACUCUAUUGUUCGUUGUCGCGCUGCUGGUAUCCGUGUAAUCGUCAUCACUGGUGACAACAAGGCUACCGCAGAAGCUAUUUGCAGGCGUAUUGGUGUAUUCACCGAGGAUGAGGAUACCACUGGCAAAUCCUACUCUGGCCGUGAGUUCGACGACCUACCAGUCUCUGAGCAACGAGCCGCUUGCGCCAAAGCCCGUCUCUUCUCUCGUGUAGAGCCCUCCCAUAAGUCUAAGAUCGUUGAGUACCUCCAGAGCAUGAACGAGAUCUCUGCUAUGACUGGUGAUGGUGUGAAUGAUGCCCCCGCGCUCAAGAAGGCCGAGAUCGGUAUUGCCAUGGGCUCCGGUACUGCCGUCGCUAAGUCCGCUGCCGAGAUGGUGUUGGCCGACGACAACUUCUCGUCCAUUGUAGCCGCUGUUGAAGAAGGUCGCGCUAUUUACAACAACAUGAAACAGUUCAUUCGUUACCUGAUCUCCUCCAACAUCGGUGAAGUCGUUUCCAUUUUCUUGACCGCCGCUCUCGGUCUUCCCGAAGCUCUUAUUCCUGUGCAACUCUUGUGGGUCAACUUGGUAACUGACGGUCUUCCCGCCACCGCACUCGGUUUCAACCCUCCCGAUCUCGACAUCAUGGACAAGCCCCCGCGUAAGGCUGACGAAGGUCUCAUCUCUGGAUGGCUGUUCUUCAGGUACAUGGCCAUCGGAGGAUACGUAGGCGCGGCCACAGUGGGCGCGGCGUCCUGGUGGUUCAUGUACUCGCCGCAUGGCCCGCAGAUGACGUACUGGCAGCUGACACACCACCUGCAGUGCCUCAGCGGUGGAGACGAGUUCAAGGGCGUCGACUGCAAGAUCUUCACUGACCCUCACCCUAUGACGAUGGCUCUCUCUGUAUUAGUAACGAUUGAAAUGUUGAACGCUAUGAACAGUUUAUCAGAAAAUCAGUCUCUCAUCGCGAUGCCCCCAUGGUCCAACAUGUGGCUCGUGGGCUCUAUGGCUCUAUCUUUCACACUCCACUUUGUCAUUCUCUAUGUAGAGGUCUUAUCGGCCGUGUUCCAAGUGACGCCCUUGUCAGUAGAGGAGUGGAUGACCGUGAUGAAGUUCUCGGUGCCCGUGGUGCUACUGGACGAAGUACUCAAGUUCGUGGCGCGCAAGAUCUCCGACGCGAACGAGGUGGUCAUUGACAAGUGGUAA